AUGGGCCCCUGUACCGCCUCCUCUUGCUGCUGCCAGGCCCGUAAUCUGCCAUGGGCCCCCGUACCGCCUCCUCAUGCUGCUGCCAGGCCCGUAAUCUGCCAUGGGCCCCCGUACCGCCUCCUCAUGCUGCUGCCAGGUCCAGAGUGUCUCAUGGGUCCCUGUACGGCCUCCCAUUGCUGCUGUCUCCAUCGCCACACUCUGCCAUGUGCCACUUUCAGGUCUCCUCACACUGCUGGUGGGUUCCAUUUUGUCAUAGGGUGCUGUAUGGCCUCCCAUUGCUGCUGCCUCCACCGCCACACUGUGGCUCCACACUCUGGUUUUGGCCCCGUGACUGCCCAAAUGAGUGAAGUGUGCGGUGAUUCUAAGAUCGACGGCACUCAUCUGCAUGUCAUACUGACUGACAGUAUUAUUUCUCUUCCCCAGCAGACUCCAAGGGCAUUUAAAUUAAAGGUACAGUGUUCUGCACUAAUAUAA